GGCUGGAGGAGAAGGAUAAGGGCGUGGAGAGAGGAGUGAAGGCAGAGGGAGAAGAAAUUUGGCAUGGUGGAUAGGGAAGGAUUAGGGCAGAAGGAGAAGUCGGCGCGGAGAUUGGAGAGGGACGCGGCAGGGGGACGGAAAAGUUGGCAUGGAGGAUGGAGAGGGGUAAAGGCAGAGGUAGAAGCAAGUCAGCAUCAAGAAUGAAGAGGGUUUCAAGGAGAAGAGUUUGAAAUGGCAGACGGGUUGAUGAUGUACGAAACCCAGUUCUUUGGGUUUACUCCACAGACCUGCGUUCUUCGAGUUCACAUUGGAAUUCAGGAUUCUCUGCUUGACGUGAUGCUUGUUGUUGAACGAGUAAUCCAUAAGAAACUGAAGGAGCUACCAGACAACAGUGUCACACCAUCUCAGCUCCGUGCCUGUACAGAGAGCUUUCUCCAGUUGAUGAAAGAACGUUUGGACUUGAUCUUCGAAAGGGUUGAACAAGGAAUUCUGCAGCAUAUAUUUUAUAUUCCUGAAAAUAUUCUGCUUCCUGAAGACAGCGUUCAGGAACAGCACGUGUACACAGAGAAACAGUACCAGGAGCUGCAGGUGGAAAUUGCUCAGCUUCAACAGUGCUACAAAUGUGAAAUUAUGGCCAAGCAUGCCCUUCUGAAUGAGUUAGAAGAGCAAAAAAUGACUGAGAUUAAAUUAGAGCAGAGGGUUCACUGGUUGAACAGUUUAGACAAUACAUGGAAGAAUAAUGCAGUUAGCAGCAUUCCUGAGAGCCUGACCUUUGUUACAGAGUUGGCCCAAGAAAUCCCAGCUGUGCUUGCAAAAAUUGAAGAAAAAUACAAGGAUGAAAUAGAGCAGAAGCAAGCUCUGGGUGCACGAACAAAAGGUGAAGAAAGCAAUUGGAAGCAGCACAAAAUGAAAUUAGGUCAUGAGUAGGAAGUGCAGUGGAAUUUUUUUUUCCUCUUUGGAUCAUGUUACACUCUAGAAUGGAGGGCUGUGAAUGUCCUAACUGCAAAAUGCACAGCAAUUCUUACUCUUAUCCUCGGUGCAGAGCACAAAAAUUGCUUUAGACUGACAUUUUAUUUGCUGUUAUUCAAAGGGCAUGAGGAUGACUAGUGUAUGAGAUUCUCAAUGCUGAGCAGUAGUUUGAGUUCUUCAAAUUAAAUGUUAAUCGGUCUAUGUAGUCAAAACUCAUUAACGCUUGUUGUAUGUGGUUAAAGUCAUUUUUUUAAAGUGGAGUUUGCUGCGGUCAUAGCCUUAAUUCCAUUUAAAAUAUAUCUCAAAUAAAGCCAAAUUCAGGACAUGUUCUCAGGAAUAUGCAUUCGUAUUGGCUAUAAUUGAAUGGCAGCUUUAUGUUCAUAGUUAUAAACAAUUUCAGGAUCUAGGUGAUUAAGAAAGGGAAGUGGGUACUACUGUUGGUUAAAGAAACAAUCACAGUUGUGAGAAGAAAUAAAAUGUGAGAAGACAAAAAAUGAGCAUUGGUACUGUUGUAUUAUUGAUCUCCAUGCAGUUUGAAUACAGAAGUUGCAUGGCAUUUUUAAUGUGUAAAACCAUGUGCAAGUAAUAUAAUAGUGAACAUUUAUUUUGACUGGGAUAAAAGUCAGCACAGGAGGCGGAAAGAGUAAGAAUUCAUAAGUUGUAUUCAGGGAUAGUUUUUUAUUUCAAACAAUAUGUGGUUAGCCCAAAAAUAAUGAAUGGGAGGAAGCAAAUCAGGAUUUUAUUUCUGAGAAUGGUGUAAACGGUAUGAGUAGAAGAGUAUUUUGUAGUAGAAAUUCCCAAUGAAUGGAGUAAUGCUUUGCAAAAAGGAAGACUGCCAUGACCUUGGAGAGGUACUAUAGUUCCUUGGACCAACAUGCUGGUUGUUCAAUGUCCUUUCCUAAUGUCUAAUUGCACUUGUAACACCUCAGAUGGAAAGUGAUGCAGGCAGUGCCUAUAUGUAGUAUGAUCUGGACAACAUUUGGGCAUGUGUUGGAAGGUACAAAUUCUUGCACCACCAAAGUACAAUGGCUACAGUAUAUCAGCUACAAAAUGCACUGCCAUUGCUUGCCUAGGCUAUUCGGAUAAAGUAAGUGAUUAUAGGCGAAGAUAGAACUUCAAAGGGAUUUUUAAACUUAAUAGUUUAUAAUGUAUCUUACAUGGCCUGCAUUUACUGCCCAUCCCUAAUUUCCCUUGAGAAAGUAUACCACUACAACCCUGAUAGAGGUACUCUCAAAGUGCUAUUAGAGACAGAGUUUGUUUCCAAAUUAGGAUAACUAAUUUUCAUACCUUUGCCAGUAUUGAACAAUUGUAACCAUGUGGGAAGAUUACAUAAAUUAGAAAUGUAUUUUGUAAAAUGGAUGCUUGAGUGAAGACUAUCAAGGUAUAACAAAUUAUGAAAGCUCUAGAUGAGUCUUAUUUAUUCUCCAUCUGCAGGGGUCAGCAACCAUGAGCAUAGAUUUGGGUAGUUGACAGCAGAGACAUUUUUGAAAACCCGGUGGCUGAUGGAGGACACAUUGGAUGACUUUGAGAAAUUUUCAUCACAUUUUAAAAGUACCUGGAUAUUUUCUUGGACCACAGACCAGGUGCUUUUCAAUCAGCAGGGGGACAGGAUGGACCAAAGCUAUAAAUUUUCCCUGAGCUUGAACUACAUUAUUCCUGUCCAUGAGAGAAAAUAAUCAGCAAAACUUUAUGGUUAAGUUAAAGUAUGAAUGAAGAUCUCAAUCUAGGCAUGACUAUGUCUGGCAACUUCACAGAAUAAAAAAAUAAGGUGGCACAGCAGUGGAGUUGCUGCUUUACAGCAUCAGAGAACCAUGUUCAAUCCUGUAUCUAAACUUAGUAGUAGGCAGUGUUGGUGUUGGCCUUAUAGGUGGUUGUGCAGCUGGUAGACCAAACUGAUACCAUGUUUGUAAAACUUUACAUGCAAUUUUUUAAUAUUUAGUUGGAGGGAACUCUGCCUAUCCAUUUCUGAUGUUUAGACAGAUAAGGCAAGAAAGGUGAAAGAAAUGGCGAUAUUGAUGGACAAAAUGGAACUGAGCUGUAUUUUGGAAGGCACGAAGAACAGUUCGUUUGAGAAGAGGGAUUAAGGUUGACACAGCCCCACUUAAAAUAAAUUCAUCUUGGUCUUUAAAACGCAUAGAACUAGAAAGUAAACAGAAAUAGAGGUUUUAGACAUUAUUACUGCUUCAAGCAAGCUUUUAGUUGCAACAAAGUGGAAUAAGGAUAAUAUUUACAAAGUGUAUUUUAAUAGACAUUUCAGACUGAUACACAUGGACUUUUGAUUAUUCAUUCCACUGUCACAGACAAGUUAAGAGUUUGUAUUGGAAGUCCAAUGGUUUGGCUGGUUUCUGCCAAUUAUAAGAGAUCUUCAAAGAAUAAUACAAAUUCAAAAAAAUUGACACUUUUUUUUGAAAAACUUGGAAAAGUGAUUAUAUUGUAAUAAAUGAGCAUCUUGCUCAAUCACAGAAGUUUGGGCAAUCACAUGUAACAUGAAUCUGUUCACUAUCUCCUCACUUUGAACCUUGGCCUUGAAAUUAACUAACACACAUAAACAGAAUAAGUAUAUAUUUAAAAAAUCAUUGUUUCUCUUAUUUGAUAUCCAGGUGAAUGAAAAUGUUUGGGACCCAAUUUUCUUUGACUUUCAGAACAGCUGCAGCCAACAGGAUCAGAGUGCAUGCAGAUUGGCCUGAAAUCUGAUAAUCAAGUGAUCCAAGAGACUGCAGAUGCUGGAAUCUUAAUU